GAAACUGGAGUCACCCACAAGCGGUGUAUGUGUGUGCGCGUGUGGGUCAGUACGUGCGUGUGCGUGUGUUAACCACACGAUAAUACAUCGUCCUACAAAAAAAACUGUUGGUUUCUCGAGUGAGACAAUGCACCCGGUCAGAGUAUCGAUCCCGUCGUUUCGUUUGGAAAACAACUCGGUGGAGAAAGGAUUCACGGUCUUCAGAAUUGACGUGCUGGUGAAUGGCCGACAGCACGCCGUAGAGAAACGCUACAGUGAAUUCCACGCUUUGCAUAAAAUGUUAAAGAAGAGCAUAAAGCCGCCCGAGAUGCCUUCCAAACAUGUUAGAAACUGGGUUCCCAAAGUGGUGGAGCAGAGGAGGCACGGCCUGGAGCUCUACCUGCAGUCUAUAAUUAUGGAAAAUGGAGUUCUUCCAAAGAUAUUCCUGGAUUUCCUCAAUAUCCGCCAUUUUCCCUCAGUGCCAAAAACAGAAAGCUGUGGGUCGUUUGAUACAGAAUCGGAAGAAUCACGUAAACUUUCACACCAGCCAGUCCUGCUGUUUCUGAGAGACCCCUACCUGCUGCCAACCGCUCACGAUGCAUUUUCAAAUGUUGUGAUUGAAGGUGUGGUACAUGGAGUUUUCUACCCAGAUCUUCAACCAAGGUAGAGCUGCAGCGCCGAAUCUGAGGGCACGUGGCUACAAACGGAUGCUUCAUGUUUCCACACGGUUGAUGUGGGCAUCACAAACGCACUGAUUUACAUUUUACCAAGCAUAAAACAAAAAUCCAUUCAUUUUGGUUCUUUUAUUUUGAUAAAUGACUGGCACCAGCAACACAAGUUGUUAAAAUAAGCAAUAUUGGCCCAUAUUUGAUUUAAUUUGUAUCCUCAGAAAAGGAUUUCAGCAACUUUUUAUGAAACUUUGAUACAUUAACGGUGGCAGUGAGGUGUUGGAUUCAAAAUAGUUACCUAAAGGCUAAAAUCUCCUUCUUGAGUAUAGCUAAUAAUUCUCAACAAAGUAAUGAGGGAAAUAAUAAUGAUACACAAUCAAUGGGAACUAGAGGGAAAAGGAAGUAGGUAGACAUCUGAGAGCUGUUAGUUUGAACUUUUGGCAUUUACUUACUAAGGGUGAACCAGAAAGAAAACCCUGAUGCCAGCUGGAGUCGAGGUUACUUUACUAAACACAGAGGAGGCCGCUGUAAAGACAGGGCUGGAGUGUGGAGCUAGAUCAUGGCCCCUCCCUCUGUAGCACCAGCACUGUGUCCGCCUGGGACGGAGCGGGGAACAAUUUAGAGUGUGUUUGUGCAUUCUGCGGGGGGGCGGCAGCUAUGUGCCACAAGUACGGGUGGAAAUGAAUUUGAGCUGUGAAGUGGACUUCACUUCUUGGGCAGAAGUUGUUUGUGAAGGAGCGGCAUAGUGAGCGGCUCCAAACUGAGCCGCUCACUAUCAAAAACCCAACAGGUGGCACGACCUGAGAGGCAGAAAUGAGUUCUAAAGAUUGAAAUGUGUCUCUGCUCCCUCUUGGUCAACAACAGGCUUAAUACAACUUUUCCCCACAUAUACAGGGGUACUCAGCAAGACCUGUAUUCAGACUUUGGUGUGGAAAAAAAGAGGGGUUCCCCUGUGAUGGAGGGUUAGGGCAAGCGUUGGGGUGCUUCUUUGUUUAUUAUUCAUCGCUCAUUCCUUCUUUCACUUUCACUUCAGAAAAAUGCUCAACAAAAGAUGCAGUCAAAAGAAGAGUCAUGAGGUGCUGGUUUGUUGAUGUCUAAUAAGAAUAAGUCUUCUGCUUAAGGCCAGCAUGUAACACAACGGUCCAGGUGUGUUUUUCCACUUUUGGUGAAAAGGGAUGUAAAGUGUGUUUUUUGUUUUACAGAGGAUUUUUAAAAUGAUAGACAGUGAUUUAACAUACUAAAAACCAGUAAAACACUGUGCAAUACGACAUUGAAAUGCAGAUUGUCUUUAUAUUGUUCAUUGUGAAGUACUAAUAUUUCCUUAUGCAAACACUUGAAAUGACUUUUAGAGUUUGUCAAACAAUAUGGUGCACGUGACUAUUUGGGCAGUAAUGGAUGACACCAGAGUAAUGUGACUGGACCCCCAGUCGUGGCCACUAAAUAUUCACACUGAUUCAAUUGAAAUCAAUUAACCGCAACUAAACAGAUCACGAUUUUAUGUUUAACAUAAAUCCUUCCCAAGGGAUCCAUUGCAUAGAUUUAUAGUAUUUAUAUUUUGCAGCAUUGUACUGAUUGUGCUCUGAUCAUGUGAAAAUUCUAAUUUAUGUGCCAUAAUGUCAAUCUACAGUUAACACUGGAAUUUAACUGUAGCACUUUAAUAUGGGCGACAUUUUAAAUACUGACACCAAUAAAAAUCCUUAUUGCCAUAA